AUGAUACUUCCGCUUCAGAAUGUAAGUUUUCCACUGAUUGUUUCUGUAUUGUACAACGUGCACAAUGACAAAAAAAAUAAGAUCGCUAAUAAAGAGUUUUGCAGACGGAGUCACGGAGUUGCUGAGCGCAAUGUUGCCGUCUCUACCGAAAUUCCUGCGAUCUUGGAGAGAAACACUGUUGCCACUUCCGACGAGUUUCGGGCACCUUUGGGUAAAGACAAUGUUGCCGAGCGCGAUGUUGCCAUCUCUGAUGAAAUUCUGGCGCUCUUGGGGAAAAACAAUCUUGCCGAUCAGACUUCCAGAAAUGAUCUGAACAAUGAGCUUGCGCAAAUUUGGUCCAAAAUAUUACAGGAAGGUCUGUCUCCCGAGGUGCUAACCACUAUAUUGAGCAAGUAUUCUCCGCUCAGUAAUCUAAGCACUGCUACUGCUCCCAAACUCAAUUUGGAGAUCUUAUCGGUUCUUACGGAACAGCACAAACAGCAAGAUCUACGACUCGUUAAGCUUCAAGACCAGAUGGGAGCCGCUUUGGUGGCAAUUGGCAAAGCACUGAUAAUCCACUUGGAAAAAGGGGAGGGGGCACAUACAAGAAUCUUGGUUGAAUCGCUCAGUAACGUAACUGUUGACGGUUGGUUGUUUGGACAAAAUUUGGGUGAUCGGUUGAAAGCAGCUCGUGAAAUGGAGAAGUUAUCGUCAAACCUCAAGCCUAAAGCAGUUAAUGCCAGAUCUACCGCUUCGGUAAAUUUCAAGAGUCUGUCUCGAGCAAAUGUCAAGGCAGACCCAAAUAUUCCCGGAAAACUUAGAGCCUCGAGGUCAAAAACACUCGGAAGAUCUCUAGCUCAACCAAAGAAAAUCGUCCAACUUAUCGAACCAACUAAGCCCAGGCCUAUCCAACACGGACCAGUUAGAGCACUACAAAAAAUAAGUGGCAAAUUAUUAGAACUCGGCUUAGAAAUGUGUAUCAAAGACAUAAAAAUGAAGAUACAAAAUUUAAGAGCAACUUACUGUCAGGAACUGUCAAAAAUUGAAAAAUCAACUAGGUCUGGAGCAGGUUCUAAGGACGAGUAUAAGUCAAAAUUAAAUUGGUUCGACGAAAUGCACAGUUUUAUUAAAUGUGUACCUAUGAAAAGGAAAACAAUGGACAGUCAAGAAUCAGCAAUAGAUGAAGAGCAAGAUAACAGCCAAAUGAGCCAAGCCAACAUUGAAAAUAGCAAAGAACAUAAUAUUGACAACAGCAAUGACAAUAGUGAUAACAGUGAAGACGUUGCAAAUUCUGAAAAUUUUUCACCACGGCCAUCUACAUCUGUGACAGGUAAUAUACCACAGCGUAACGAGUCUGCGACACCAACUGCGAAAACUACUAGUAAAUCAAACUAUAAAAUGUCAACUCCAACUCAGAGAAAGAGAAAAAUUGCGGAAGUGACAUCAUUGGUUAGGGAAAUAAAGUCGAUAAAGGAUGAUUUAAAUAGUACAUCUACGGAUGAGCAUUCUACACCACAACAAAAUGAGCAUGAUAUUUUUGGAACUUUUGUGAGUAGCCAACUGAAAAUGUUAUCUACUGCACGAGCUAUUAUGGCUCGGGACAAAAUCAAUGCCAUAUUCUCUCAGUUUCGCAUGGAAGAUCUGAACUGCAUAAAAACCACAUUUACAUGCAAGACGCCUAGUAGUCAUUGCUUUUCAGAUUCACACACAACAAUUAAUACUGUACAAUUACCACUUACAUCAGGAGAUUCGGUUUUGUCAAUAAUUACAGAAAAUGAAGAUGAUUGUCAACGACAAAAUCCAAUCGACGAGAUUAAUUUCGAUUUUUUACGCCAGGACAAUGAGAAUACUAUUGCUGUAGCAUUCCGCAAUGCAUAA